GUCGAACAAAAGCAAACGGAUUCGAAUACUUUGUUCGAAGCCAUUUUGUCAAGGAUACGAGGCGUGCGCUGAGGUUGCUUUUGUCCUUUUAUUUGAGCUACUUUGUUAAAUAAUACUCAUAUAAAUAGGCACGGCAUUAUAUCGAGGUAUUUCAUCUCCAAAGUUAUCGUCCUAAUAUCGCAUGUCCUCUAUUCAGAACCUCAAAUCUUUUGAUCCCUUUGCUGAUGCAACCAAGGGUGACGACUUACUCCCGGCAGGGACAGAAGAUAAAAUCCACAUAAGGAUACAGCAACGAAACGGACGCAAGACCCUAACCACUGUUCAAGGGAUCGCGGCCGAUUACGACAAGAAGAAGCUUGUGAAGGCCUUCAAGAAGAAAUUUGCCUGCAAUGGUACUGUGAUUGAGCACCCUGAGUACGGUGAGGUCAUCCAGCUGCAGGGAGACCAGAGAAAAAACAUCUGCCAGUUCCUCAUGGAGCCAGUCUCCUGACUGUCCUACAGGGUCAAAACAUGCCCAUAAUCCUCUUAAACAGGCUAGAGGAGGCGUGUGUGGGGAGGGCUGUGGUAGGGAAUGACUGCUGCCUGCCAGCCAGACCAUAAGAGGAAGAGAUUCCGGCUGCCCGUGGACAACAACUGCUAACUGUGAUGCUGGCUAGACUUUGCUCUAUUGCAGCUAUAUGAGAUGUUGUUUUGUGCAAAUUUGAAGCGGAGGCUUACUUUAAAUACAAAAAAUUACUAAAAGACAUUUGUCCACUC